AGAGAGCUGAAGAAGGUGGAGCUGCAGCUCAAACAGGCCCAGGACGCGCUGGUCUACACUCAGCUACUGCAUGACAAGACCAAGUCUACACAACCAGUAGCGGAGGUGGAGACCCAGCUGAUAGUACAGUGUGUGGAACAGGAACAGGAGCUGAUGAGACAGUCUCACAGACACAGAGAGGAGCUCCACACCCUCAGCUGUCUGACUCAGAUCAAAGCUGAUGAGAGAGAGCAGAAGUCCAGGGACCGCCACAGGGCUGAGCAAAGAUACCAUCGCAUCAAGCAAGAGCUGAGAGGCAAGAGUCUGGUGAUCCAUGAACUCAAGAAGCAGAACCAGGAGGUCCAGUCCAGGCUUGGUGUGUUUGCCAAGCUGUACGACAACAUCAAGGGUGAUAGGAACAAGUGUAUGAACCUGAUCCAGAUGGCCUCCCAGAGAACGGCUGAGAUGAGAUGA